AAAUUAAUAACGACUUAACUUUAAUAACGCUCUCAAAAAUAUAUAAAAUUAUAUGUAAAACAUGGUUCGAAAACGUAACAAGAAAACGAGACAAGAUGAAGAGAAUACAAGUAUGAAAACAAUUAGUAAAAAUGAUUUGUUACGCGAACUGAAGACUGUCUUUCUAAAUGUUCAACAAAAUACAUCGUACCAUGAAAAAUGUUUGAAGGUUUUACAAAAUUUAUUCCCUUUGGUUGAGCAAGACGUAUUUUUUGAUUUGUUCGUAAAAUGUUUACAAAUACCAUUACAAAUCGGUGAGAAAAAUCCAUAUGUUGAGCGUUGUUUGGAUUUUGCUGCAAAAUUCUGUACCUCAUUCGAAGAAGUACCAAAUCCUGAAAAUGACGAUGAAUUAGAAAUGCAUCCAUUUUUGGCGGAAAUAUUUAAGUAUUCUUUAAAGUAUCAUCGAUCGAACUCAUCUGAUUUUCGUUAUCGAUUGUGUCAAUUUGUGAACAAAAUAUUAGUUUUCCUUGGUGAACAAGCCGAAUUAGAUGAUAAAUUAUGUGAUAAUAUUCUGCGUGCAAUGUUAGAUCGUUUACAGGAUCCGAAAUAUAAAGUCCGUACUCAAGCCGUAAUAGCAUUACAUCGUUUACAAAAUCCCAACGAUCCAAAUGAUCCCGUAACGAAAUCAUAUUUCUUUCAUAUGGAAAAAGAUCCAAGUCCACAAGUACGUCGUGCUGUUGUUAAUAAUCUGGCUCGUUCUAUACGUGCAUUUCCCCAAGUUAUGGAACGUAUACGUGACACAGAUGAAAAAGUGAGACGAGACGCAUACAAUUUCAUUGGAAUGUACUCGUUAAAAAAUUUUAAAAUUGUUCAACGUAUGUCGAUAUUAAAAUCGGGUUUAACUGAUCGUUCAAAAUUGGUAAAACGUUGUGUAUCCGAAAAUUUAAUACCAAAAUGGUUUGUACAUUAUGAACGAUCAUAUUUUGAUUUUUUAAAAGCGAUCCGGGUCGAUGUGAAUGUACAAACAAUUAAAGAUAGUAACGAAGUAUCCAAAUUAUUGCUGAAUGUAUUCUUUAUGGAUGGAUCUGCCAAUGAGAUCAUUCAAGUUUUGCAAUUAAAUGAACAAAAGAUGUUGAGACCAGAAUUUUUGGAUCAUGAACAUGUAUUAUAUUGGCGGUAUUUAUGUGAAUUUUUCCAUAAACAAAAUGCGGUUGGGGAAGAAUUUUUGGAUAAUAUUUUACCAACAUUAACCGAAUUUUGUGGAUUUAUUAAAAGUUUUGUGGAAAAAAAUUGUGGAAACGACCGUGAAGUAUUAGAAGAAAAUAUUUAUCAAUCAAUUUUACAGCAAUUAUUUGAAAUGAUUCAAUAUUUUGAUCUAUCUGAUGAAGCUGGUCGAAAUAAUUUACUGAAAUUAAUCAAAGAAAUGUUAUUGUAUGAAAAUUUGAGCACGUCAACAGUUGAUGUGAUGGUUGAGAAAGUGUUGGAACGAUUAAUACCACAUCCUAAAGAACGUAUUGCUACUGUCAUUGAGAUCAUUACAGAAAUUACUGAACCAAUGGAAGAACUCGAAAUAGAAGAAUCAGAUGAUUCAAAACGUAGAAAAGAAGUCAAGCUCCAUGAAUUACGCUUUACAUUAAACUGUUUAAAUGAUGAUGAAGAAAUCGCUGUGGAAGAAAAAGAUUAUAUUAAAGCUGCUGAAAUUAAAGAAGAAAUUAAACAAAUCACUGAAAAAUUAAAAGAAUUAACAGCUGCACCAAAACCAGUUGCUCAGGUUCGUAAAAGAACAAACGAUGAUAAUCGAGUAUUGAAGGCGUUAGAUAUUGUUGCAGCAAUGUUUCAAUCAACAACAAUACGUGAACUAACACCAGAAUUACGUGUUCUACAACAAAAUUUCAUAACAGAAUAUUGUACACAAACGAAUACGCCAGCAAAAAUCGAAUCAGCGGCACUCAAAUGUUUAGCAUGCUGUUCGUAUUUAGAUGAAGAAUUAGCAAUAUCUGUUAUGCCAAAAUUUUUUUAUCGGUUAAUGGCUUAUCAAUAUAAAUUAACAACAAACAGAGAGGUUAUAAAAACAGCUCUUUGUGCCGUAUUCGAUUUAUUAUUAAUAUAUGAUGCAUCAAAAUUCCAACCACCGGCUGAUAAUACGGUGACGGGUGCAAAUAAAACACGUCUAGGUAACGCUGGUAAUAAAACGAAACGUACUUUAUAUGAUGGAUCACAAUAUGAUGAAGAUAUCAGUGAUGAUGAAGAAGAUGAGAUUGAAACACAAGAUGUUAACUUUUCAAUGAAUGCCGCUACUACAAAUGAAAUCAUAUCCUGUAUUUUAUCAUUUCUUGAUGACGAGUGGGAGGAUUUUCGAACGAUUGCUGCUCAAGGUUUAAUUCUUUUACUCGAUUGUGGAAAAUUUAAAUCAACAGAAGUGUUGACACGGUUAAUUAUAUUAUGGUUUAAUCCUGCUACAGAAAAAGAUUCCAAAAUGCGUCAAGUUUUGGGCGUAAUGUUAAAUCAUUUUGCGAUGAACACGCCUGGUAGUCAAGAGGAAUUUGCAAAAGCAUUUUUGCCAACAAUACGUACAGUUUUGGAUGCACCAACGACUAGUCCCUUAGCACACGUUGACGUUGAUACAGUUAUUAACUUUUUGUUAACAUAUACCCAGCCUGGAUUUAACAGUGUGGAUGAUGCAAAUGUUCACAAUUAUUUAGCAGUAACAUUAUGCGAUGAAAUAUUGAAAAAUGGAAUAGAGAAUGAAUCUCGAGAAAAGAUGCAUUUAAUCAAAUGUUUACCAAAUUUAGCUGUCAGUGACGAUGAUUGCGGAUUACGUAUUGAUUUACAGAAUUUAUGUUUAAAGAUCAUUGAUGCAACAAAGAAUAAAAAUUACAUUCGUUGUGUGAGGAAAUUUAUGCAACAAAUUCAAGAAAAACAACCUGAUGAAAUUAAUGAACUCCAUGCAGAGGAUUCAAAUCAAGGAGGAGAUAAUUCUACAAAUAUAACCGAAAACAAUACUAAUACAACUAGUACUAGCAACAAUACAAGUAACAACAGACGUGUUUCAGAAUUAAAAAAAGAUAUAUUAAAUAAAUCAUUACGUGUGGCGUUAACGCGGUUUGAUGAGCAAUCGGAUAAGGAAGAUGGAAAUAUGGAAAUAGAUACUGCAAGUUCAGUAGGGAGUCCGAGAUCGCUCAAGAAUCAAAAUGGCGAAGAAUUUAACAUAUCGACGUCAGAAGCUGAAGAGGAUUAUGAAACAUCUUCAUCCGACGAAGAAGUGGAGUUGCCAAAACGUGGUAUGUUGAUCCAAGCUCAAAUCCAUACAGCGCCACGAAGAACAAGUUUAAGAAGUAGAAGUAGUAUAGGAUCUACACGAUAGAUUAGUUUUUAUUUAAAAUUUAGUGUGUGUGGUAGAGCCAUUCUGUCUAAAUAAAUCAAAUUUUAA